AUGGCAUGGAAGGCUGCUGAAAGCAGGUUUGCAACAAUAAUAGAACAGCUACAACGACAAGUAGCUGACCAACAACAACACCAACAAACUUGUGACAACACUGAGGAAGAUAUCACAGGAAGUGUUGAUUCGCAUAAAGAUGUCGAUGAGACUAUAGAAGCAGAAGAAUAUCCAGUACCAUCUGCACUCGACGAAACAAAGAAUCUCACUCCUUCCAUCGAUGAAAUCAUAAGAAGGGCCAGUGCACCAGCUUCAAAAUCAUUAAGUGAUACCAAAAAACUAGAGAUGAUUGCCGCUGUUGUAGAAGAAGUUGAGAAGAACUCAAAGGUAGUUGAAGUAGUCCCUAUAAACAUAAUUCCACCCGAUUGGAAUAUUGCUUCUACCACGGGUGGUCUACUGAUGCUGGAGAAAAAUGAGUGUACCACGCCACCAACUGCAAUCUCAAAGGAAGCUGAUGAGCUUGAUGGAGAGUUAACAAAGAUAGUGGAAAAGAUCCUCAAUGAAAAACCUAAGAGGAGAAAUCCAGCAAGAGUCCGCCAGUUGCCCGAACGGUUCAGGAUACAAUCAGUCGCUACUAUCAACAGGGCAGUAACAAAGACGAAAUCGAGUUCACAUUCUAUGAGAGGGUUGGGUCUUGAACUAGAAGAACAAGGCCUUACUGUAGCAUCCAUGUUAGCGGCAAAAGCUUUUCAGUUCUUCAAAAGCUACGUUGCAUGCGUGUUUCCACGCAUAGAACUGGUCAGUACUUAA